AUGUCCUGCUACGACCUGUGCCCCACCUCUGCCUGCGGCAUCAGCCGGCCCCAGCCCCUGGCCGACAGCGGCAACGAGCCCUGCGUGCGGCAGUGCCCUGACUCCAGCGCCCUGAUCCAGCCCCCCCCGGUGGUGGUCACCUUCCCCGGGCCCAUCCUCAGCUCCUUCCCCCAGAGCUCCGUGGUGGGAUCCUCUGGAGCUCCUGUCCUUGGGGCUUCUGGAGGCGCCCUGGGCUAUGGGGGUCUGGGAGGCUAUGGGGGCUCCUCCCUGGGCUAUGGGGGUCUGGGAGGCUAUGGGGGCUCCUCCCUGGGCUACGGGGGUCUGGGAGGCUAUGGGGGCUCCUCCCUGGGCUAUGGGGGUCUGUAUGGCUUUGGGGGCUCCUCCCUGGGCUAUGGGGGUCUGGGAGGCUAUGGGGGCUCCUCCCUGGGCUACGGGGGUCUGGGAGGCUAUGGGGGCUCCUCCCUGGGCUAUGGGGGUCUGUAUGGCUUUGGGGGCUCCUCCCUAGGCUAUGGGGGUCUGUAUGGCUAUGGAGGCUCCUCCCUGGGCUACAGGGGCCUGUAUGGCUAUGGCAGAUCCUUUGGCUCUGGCUCCUGCAGCCCUUUCUCCUACCGGUUCAGCAGGCACCGCCGUGGCAGCUGUGGGCCCUGCUAG